UCGAUUUACUGCAGAUUCGUGGCAUUUGACACAGAGGCAGCUGCUUACUGAUGGUUAUUCAAAAAAGUAUUGCCUGAUUAAAUUUGUACUCUAAGAUCAUAAUAUGCUGGUCUUCUGUGAUAUUUUCGAUUUCAAAAUACUUAUAUUUGCCUGUUUCUUGGCAUUUCUGCCAAACAAUUUAGCGAAUGAUGCGAACGAAGGUGCGGUAUCGCUCACUCAACAAAAUAUUGAUAUGACGCUCGCAUCAAACGAAUUGGUAUUUAUAAAUUUUUACGCACAGUGGUGUCGUUUUAGUAAUUUAUUAGCCCCUAUUUUUGAGGAAGCUGCUACUAAAGUAAGGAAUGCAUUCCCUGAACCAGGGAAAGUGGUAAUGGCAAAAGUAGACUGUGAUAGAGAAUCCUCUAUUGCUUCAAGGUUUCAUAUUACCAAAUAUCCAACACUGAAGGUCAUAAGAAAUGGCCAACCAACUAAAAGGGAAUACAGGGGUCAAAGAUCAGUAGAAGCUUUUGAAGAAUUUAUAAGGAAACAAUUGGAAGAUCCAAUUAAAGAGUUCCAUGAUUUAAGAGAAUUAACCAAUCUAGAUGAUAAGAAACGAAUGAUUAUUGGAUAUUUUGAUAGAAAGGAUGUUCCUGAAUAUGAAAUGUUUAGAAGAGUUGCUACCAAUCUCAAAGAUGAUUGUCAGUUUCAUGUUGGUUUUGGGAAUGCAAGCUCUGCUAUGCAUCCCCCAGGACAACCUAUUAUUGUCUUCCGCUCUGAUAAAGCACUUUCUAAUGAUGAAGAUGAAACAUACCAUGGAAGUUUGAAUAAUUUUGAUGAAUUGAAUGUUUGGGCACAAGAAAAAUGUGUUCCUCUUGUGAGGGAAAUCACAUUUGAAAAUGCAGAGGAAUUCACAGAGGAAGGUUUACCCUUUCUUAUCUUGUUUCAUGCUCCAGAUGAUACAGAGAGCGUUAAAAUAUACAAAGAUAUAGUUACAAGAACAUUAAUUGAUGAAAAACAAAAUGUGAAUUUUUUGACAGCAGAUGGCUUAAAAUUUGCUCAUCCUCUUCAUCAUUUAGGCAAAACUCCAGCAGAUUUACCCUUAAUUGCAAUAGAUAGUUUUAAACAUAUGUACCUGUUUCCAAACUUCAAUGAUAUUCAUGUAGAAGGGAAACUAAAGGGUUUCCUAAGAGAUUUAUAUUCGGGAAAGCUACAUAGGGAGUUUCAUUAUGGGCCAGAACCCAGUACUAAUGAAGUACCACAAAUAGUUGGACAAAUCAAGGUGCCUACAACCCCACCAGAAUCUACCUUUAAAAAACUUGCACCCAGCAAAAACAGGUACACAUUACUCAGGGAUGAACUAUAAUGAUAAAGUUGUGUCAAGAUAUUGACAUCUGUAUAAUUUUGGUUAUGCAAUUUGUUAGUUAUUUACAGAUAUUUACAGUGAUAAAAUUCAAAUCUAUUGUAUGAUUAGACCGAAUUCGAUACGCGCGGUUAACAUCUUAUUUUAUUAUAUUCUACAGUAUUCUCGUAAUAAUUAAACGUUUAUUUAACGUAUUUUAAAGGGAAUGGAAUUUCCACGUUCAAUUUCGUGUUAAUAAUUUAAGAGAAAGUAUAUAAUUCCAGCGUAAAGUUUCAAGCCUCAACCAAAUGUUACAUACGUAUGUCUAAACUCUAACCUGUAAAAAAUUGAUCCACACCGGGUAUAGCCGAAACCUUUGUAGAGGUUUCACAACAGGAGAUAGUAGAUUUUAUUCUAUUUUUACAUAAUGUGUGCUUUUUAUAUUAUCUUUCCUUUAAUACUGAAUAUACAAACUAAUUCUUAACGAAAUUACGAACAGAUGCCAGAGACCUUAUCUCCCAGUGUCAAGAUUCAUGUAAUAGAUGUUAUGUCACAACUUGUAAUACGAUUUAUAGAAAAGAGUACUUGGUUGUAGGUAAAAAAACCACUUGUAAUAUAUCGUUUUCUUAUAAUUAAAGUUUAAGUUUUACAAUACCGAAUGUGCUGCUGGUACGAUGGCUGCGGUACCGGCCUUUGUCCCGCGUCGUUUCCAUUCUUUGUAAUUAAACGAGAUUAAUCUUCAAGUUAAUCCUCACUUAUAGGAGACAAUGAUAACUCAAAGUUAUUCUCAAGAAGGUCACCUUUUGAUACUUUUUAAUUACUUGUCUCAAACGUUUUUUCUAGCACAACGUAAAAUCGCGGUAGACACGCGGUCACUAGUGUGUUUGAUGAGAACAAUGUGCGGGAAUUCGAGCGUCAAACUCGAUCGCGUUCGAUUUUUCGAUAAUCGUUUAGCGCGUGAGUGAGUGCGGAUUUCAAAUUGAUUGUUUUUGUUUGAAAAAAUACCGCUUCUUGGGUGAAGUAUUUUAGACUCGAUACAUCGACGUAUUUCGAUAUUUCAAAUACCCAGUUAAGGAUAACAAUAUUAAUGCUUUGUACAAUAUAGUACUAAGAUACUCCUAAGAAGCUAAUUUGUAUGGAUGACGGUAUUAAUUUUUCUGUUAAUAAACAGUUUCUAAGUCAGA